CUUUCCGGUUCACGGUGUUUACGGUCGCUGUCCGGUUCACGGCACGUUGUCGGAGCUUCCCGGUGGGUCGGAGUCUGAGGUCAGCUGAUCGACCUGCUGAUCGAUUUAAUAGAAUGAAACCCGUCGACAAGAAGGAAGAAUCCAGUUACCAGCGAGUCGUGUUGAAGAACGCCUCGCCGUACCACUACCUGAAGGUCCACCUUGUGCUGGAGAAUGAGACGACCAGACUGAGCGCAGUAGAACUGAAGCAGUUCAUCAUCACAGGCCUCAAGAAUCUGCACGGAGAGGUUGGAGCAGCGCUGAACUUCGACGUGUUGAAGUACGAUGACGACACCUUGACUGCUCUUCUUCGUGUUUACAGCAAGGGUUUGGUGAAGCUGUGGAGCUCCUUGACUCUGCUGGGAUCCUACCAGAACCAGGCCUGUGCCUUCAGAGUGCUGCAGGUGUCUCCGUUCCUUCUGGCGCUGUCGGGAAACAGUCGAGAGUUGCAGCUGGACUGAAGCGUUUGUUUUCUUCACCAUGAUGUCCA